AUGGCUCAGGCUCUCUUUCGACCGGCACAUCAGUAUGACACUAUGAACUUGCAUCGAUCGCUCUCUGUUGAAGGUGUCGUUGGACGCAUGUUGACUUUACUUUUGUGCAAAUCGAGACCAGAAGAUGGCCGUAAGGUCGAUCAGGAACUUGUAAGCGCACACGCUCAAUUAUUGAUGAAGAAUUCGAUAGAAGAAAUUGCAAAGAAUAUGAGCCUUUUCGAGCAGAUCUUCGUAGGAACCUCCUGGAAGCAUUUGGCUGCGGUUUUCGAUCAA